AGAAUGGACAGGGGAAAUUGUUUCUCAGUGACUGAAUUCAUUUUCACAGGAAUUGCCAUUAACCCUGGGAUGAUGAGCACCCUAUUUGCUAUGUUUCUACUUGUUUAUCUCAUUAAUCUUCUGGCGAAUCUUGGAAUGAUCUUCUUAAUUAGAGUGGAUCCCAAGCUUCACACACCAAUGUACUUUUUCCUCAGCCACCUCUCCUUCUGUGACCUCUGCUACUCCACAGAGAUUGGACCCAAGAUGCUGGUCGACAUAUUUGCCAGAAAUAAAUCAAUUUCCUUCCUUGGCUGUGCUGUGCAGUUCUUGGUCUUUUGUAUCUUUGCAGAUUCUGAGUGUCUACUGCUGGCAGUGAUGGCCUUUGACUGGUACAAGGCCAUCAGUAACCCCUUGCUGUAUACAGUCAACAUGUCUAGCAGAGUUUGCUAUCUACUCAUGGCUGGAGUUUACCUUGUUGGGCUAGGAGAUGCUUUGAUACACACAACAUUAACAUUUCACUUAUGUUUCUGUGGGUCUAAUGAGGUUAAUCAUUUCUUUUGCGAUGUCCCUCCUCUCCUGUUACUGUCUUGCUCUGACACACAGGUCAAUGAGUUAGCGAUAUUCACCAUUUUGGGUUUUAUUGAACUGAGUACCUUUUCCGGAGUCCUGGUCUCUUAUUGCUACAUCAUCUCAUCUGUCUUAAAGAUCCGCUCUGCUGAGGGGAGGCUCAAAGCUUUCUCCACCUGUGCCUCCCACCUAACUGCAGUUGCAGUAUUCCAGGGAACUAUGCUCUUCAUGUAUUUUCGACCAAGUUCUUCCUACUCUCUAGAUCAGGACAAAAUGAGCUCACUGUUUUACACCCUUGUGAUUCCCAUGUUGAACCCUCCGAUUUAUAGCCUCCGGAACAAAGAUGUGAAAGAGACCCUGCAAAAACUGAAAAAUAAAGGUGGACUUAAGUAA